AUGGCAUCCCGAAGCUCAACACAAAUCCAGUCUUCUACGUCUGCGAAUUCACUCGUGCCCCAGGGUCUGCUUGCCCUUGCAGACCCCCCACUUAGGCAGAUAGACGGGGCGGCAAUGGACUAUUUUCUGAUUGAGUUGGUCAACACACUCCGCGUGUCAUCGGCCGUUGCGACGGAAAGGUCGAAGAAAAUAGAGGCAGAGAUGGUUGAAGCGGGUCUCAUUCCUGCCCCAGUUGUACCCCCACCCCAUCCAUUGAAGAAAGACGCGAUGGCGUCAGCCCGUGAAUCGACGACAAGUCUCAACUCACGAGCGAGCACGGGUGGCCGGCCAAGUGCAGCAGACGAAGCGGAGGAGGCUGUUAGAACGAGGCUGGAGACUAUAGGAAUGCAUGUGGGCGCCAAUUUCACUGAGCGUCUCUGUCGUGACCGGCCAUUAUUCGCGGAGACGCUUGACGCGAUAAAGUUCAUAUGCAAGGAUAUUUGGGCCGCGUGUUGGGAUAAACAGGUCGACAAUCUCCGGACAAACCAUCGGGGCGUCUACGUGCUGCAAGACAACUCGUUCAAGCCCGUUUCACGCGUCUCAUCUUGGGAAGGACGACCAGAGGCCAUAAAACGGGCCAAACUGUAUGCCGCACUUCCUGCAGGCAUAAUUCGUGGGGCUCUAUCGCGUAUAGGAUACCAGACAACAGUGACACCAGAAAUAACGUCUUUACCCCAAUGUACUUUCCAAGUCAAACUACCCAAAGGAACAUGA